AUGAGGCUUAUAUACAUUUGGCUAGCAUGGGCAAUAUUAAUAACCCAAGUUAUCAUGGUGGCUUGUAAACCUAGAAAUAAUGUACCAGCAGUAAUUGUGUUUGGUGAUUCUUCUGUGGAUUCUGGAAACAACAAUAAGAUAGCAACACUUCUGAAGAGCAACUUUAAACCUUAUGGCCGCGACUUCGAAGGCGGCCGCCCCACCGGUCGGUUUUGUAACGGUCGCGUUCCACCUGAUUUCAUCGCCGAGGCUUUUGGUGUUAAGAAGAAUAUACCAGCAUAUUUGGAUCCUGCUUAUACCAUUGAUGAUUUUGUUACUGGUGUUUGCUUUGCUUCUGCUGGAACUGGAUAUGAUAAUGCAACUUCUGAUGUACUUAAUGUGAUACCACUGUGGAAGGAAAUAGAGUUCUACAAAGAGUAUCAAGCAAAACUAAGAGCCCAUGUUGGUGAAGAGAAGGCAAAUGAAAUCAUAAGUGAAGCAUUAUACCUAAUAAGUUUAGGAACCAAUGAUUUUCUCGAGAACUACUAUAUUUUCCCAACAAGACAACUUCAUUUUACAGUAUCACAAUACCAAGAUUUUCUAGUGGAUAUUGCUGAUAAUUUUGUGAGAAAAUUGCACUCACUUGGUGCUAGGAAACUAUCCAUAACUGGUCUUGUUCCUAUAGGGUGUCUUCCAUUAGAGAGAGCUACAAAUAUUUUUGGUGAUCAUGGUUGCAAUAAGAAUUAUAAUAAAGUGGCUUUACAAUUUAAUGCAAAGUUAGAGAAAAUGAUUUCUAAGGUGAAUAAGGAGCUUCCUCAAUUGAAGGCUUUGUCGGCAAAUGCUUAUGAUAUUGUCUUUGAUAUCAUUUCUAGACCUUCUUUCUAUGAAAUUUCUCAUAAGAAAAAUGGAAAUGAAGAAGUGAUUGGAGAUGUAAAAGAUGGAUUUGUGGAAUAG